AUGAACUUUGGCUUGGAAAGAAUACACAGUCUGUUGGAGGCUUUGAAUAGACCCGAUGAACGCACUCAAAUCGUACAUGUAGCCGGAACAAAUGGCAAAGGAUCUGUGUGUGCUUACAUCUCCAGUGUCCUUAGAACGUGUGGAUAUACAGUAGGCCGCUUCAAUUCGCCUCAUCUGAUUGAACCCCGCGACAGCAUCAACGUCAAUGGACAGGCCAUCAGUCAAUCGCUCUACGAUGAGGCAUUUGCGCAUGUUCAUCAGCUCAACACAAACGGCGCUAUUGGUGCGUCCUCAUUUGAGUGCUUGGUGGGCGCAGCUUUUUACGUAUUUGACAGGGCUAAACUCGAUUUUGUUGUGCUCGAAGUUGGAUUGGGAGGAUUGCUCGAUGCCACUAACGCCAUUCGACAUCCUGCAAUGACAGUGAUUACUGCGAUUGGUUUAGAUCAUGCCCACAUAUUAGGUCAUACGAUUGAAGAAAUUGCUAGUGCAAAAGCAGGCAUCAUGAAACCGGGAUGUCCAGUCGUGAUAGCGCCACAAGAUUCAAGCAGUGUCUUGGACACAUUGACGCAUCAUGCCGAUAGAACCGGUUCUCCUUACACACUGGUACAACCAUCUGAGUUUAUCCAAGCCAACAUCUGUCAACUCGAUUUCGAUCAAGUCCACUAUACAUAUCCCAUUCGGCUGAUGGGAGACUAUCAGCGUAUGAAUUCAGCAACAGCAGUAACUGCAUUAGACUGGAUGUAUCGCUUGAAACUGAUUGAAAUGACACCUGAGCAAUUGGCUACCGGCAUGCAAGAGACGCGUUGGCCAGGCAGGUUGGAUUGGGUGAAUGACUCGACUCUUUUAGACAACUAUGGUUUAAAGGAAAUCUUGGUGGAUGGGGCACAUAACCCACCUGCAACUAUUGCACUGCGACAAUACAUUGAUAGCCUUGAUAAAAAACGAGUGGUGUGGAUAAUCGGAUCAACGGCUGGCAAAGACCUGCAUGGCAUGAUGAAGAAACUGAUUCGCAAAGAGGAUGUUGUGUAUGCAGUGACAUUUAGCCAGCCUGCUGGGAUGCCCUGGAUCAAGAGCAGCUUGCCUAGCGACAUUGCAAAAGAAGCCCAUGGGGCUCAAUCAGUGGAAUGCUGCACUGGAUUGGAUGAGGCACUCGCCAAGGCUGGAAGCAUAUGUACAGAGAGUGAUGUUGCUGUCUUGUGUGGCUCUCUUUACUUGGUUGCAGAUCUCUAUCGUAAACUAUCUUCUCCUGAAUAA